GCUCCGCCCUUGCAUCCCCGCGAGCCGAGGCUGCCGUACCUGGCGUUGCCCCUUAGAGGGGACGCGAGUCGUUUCCCUUCAGAGGCCUGGCGUCCGGUAGCCUCUGUCCCACCUGUCCCGGCGUGACGCUCCCCAGCGCGUCCGUGCCGCCGUCAUGGACCUGAAUUUAAACCGAGCGGAUUAUUUACAGGUGGGAGUGACCUCUCAGAAGACUAUGAAGCUACUUCCUGCCUCAAGAUGUAGAGCUACACAAAAGGUGGUUGUUGGAGAUCAUGAUGGAGUAAUUAUGUGCUUUGGCAUGAAGAAGGGAGAAGCAGUGACAGUGUUCAAGACUUUACCUGGGCAGAAGAUUGCAAGGCUGGAACUAGGAGGGGUUCUUAACACACCCCAGGAGAAAAUUUUUAUUGCUGCAGGAUCUGAGAUUAGAGGCUUCACAAAGAGAGGAAAACAGUUCCUCUCUUUUGAAACAAACCUCACUGAAAGCAUUAAAGCUAUGCACAUAUCUGGCUCAGACCUUUUUCUCAGUGCAAGUUACAUCUAUAACCAUUAUUGUGAUUGCAAAGACCAACAUUAUUACCUUUCUGGGGACAAAAUCAAUGACGUCAUCUGCCUUCCAGUGGAAAGAGUACUUCGUGAUGUUCCUGUGUUGGCCUGCCAGGACAGAGUGCUUAGAGUUUUACAGGGAUCCGAUGUGAUGUAUGAAAUUGAAGUUCCUGGCCCACCUACUGUUUUAGCACUGCACAAUGGAAAUGGCGGUGACUCUGGAGAAGACCUUUUGUUUGGAACAUCAGAUGGAAAACUUGGGCUUAUUCAAAUCACUGCUUCUAGACCAUUACACAAGUGGGAAAUUCGAAAUGAGAAGAAGAGGGGAGGUAUUUUAUGUGUUGACAGCUUUGACAUUGUGGGUGAUGGGGUUAAAGAUUUACUUGUUGGAAGAGAUGAUGGAAUGGUGGAGGUGUAUAGUUUUGAUAAUACGAAUGAGCCUGUUCUACGAUUUGAUCAAACAUUGUCUGAAAGUGUCACAUCUAUCCAGGGUGGUUGUGUAGGGAAAGAUGGCUAUGAUGAAAUCGUGGUGUCCACAUAUUCAGGCUGGGUUACAGGUCUGACAACGGAGCCUAUUCAUAAGGAAAGUGGACCAGGAGAAGAACUAAAAAUUAAUCAGGAGAUGCAGAAUAAAAUUUCUUCUUUACGGAGUGAGUUGGAACAUCUGCAAUAUAAGGUACUACAGGAAAGAGAGAAAUAUCAACAGUCUUCUCACUCAAGCAAAGCAAAAUCAGCAGUACCUUCAUUUAGUGUCAAUGACAAGUUUACAUUAAAUAAAGAUGAUGCGAGUUACAGCCUUAUUUUAGAGGUGCAGACAGCAAUAGAUAAUGUCUUAAUACAGAGUGAUGUUCCAAUAGAUUUACUUGACGUAGAUAAGAAUUCUGCCGUUGUCAGCUUUAGCAACUGUGAUUCUGAGUCAAAUGACAACUUUCUUCUUGCCACUUACCGGUGCCAGGCAAAUACCACGAGGCUGGAACUCAAGAUUCGCUCAAUUGAAGGCCAGUAUGGAACACUUCAAGCAUACGUGACUCCAAGAAUUCAACCCAAAACAUGUCAGGUCCGCCAGUACCUUAUCAAACCCCUUUCACUCCAUCAAAGAACUCACUCUAUUGACCAUGACAGACCCAUGAAUACACUGACUUUGACAGGCCAGUUCAGUUUUGCUGAACUUCACUCCUGGGUGGUGUUUUGCCUGCCUGAAGUUCCUGAAAAACCUCCAGCAGGAGAAUGUGUGACAUUUUACUUUCAGAACACCUUCCUGGAUACGCAACUUGAAAGCACCUACAGAAAAGGCGAAGGAGUUUUUAAAUCUGACAACAUUUCUACUAUAUCCAUCCUAAAAGAUGUGCUCUCUAAAGAAGCUACAAAAAGGAAAAUUAACCUCAACAUAUCUUACGAGAUAAAUGAAGUAUCAGUCAAACACACAUUAAAGCUAAUCCACCCAAAGCUGGAGUACCAGUUGCUUUUGGCUAAGAAAGUGCAGUUAAUUGAUGCUUUAAAAGAAUUGCAGGUUCAUGAGGGAAACACAGACUUUCUGAUACCAGAAUAUCGCUGUAUUCUAGAAGAGGCAGAUCACCUACAGGAAGAAUACAAAAAGCAACCUGCACAUCUUGAAAGACUCUAUGGCAUGAUCACUGAUCUUUUCAUAGAUAAGUUCAAGUUCAAAGGCACCAAUGUGAAAACAAAAGUGCCUCUUUUACUGGAGAUUCUGGACAGUUAUGACCAAAAUGCAUUGAUUGCUUUCUUCGAUGCUGCAUGAAAUAUAAACGAGGUAAAGUUCCAAAGAAGUUGUCUGUUUAAAUGAGAAAUGUUAAAACAGAAUUACAGACUAUCUUUACAUUCUUUUAUUUCAUAUGCUUUUUAAUAUCAUCUAAAAUAUGUGAGAUACA